GUCUACGGACCUGACCUCACCCGGCGCAAUAUCACCAGCCCAUUUUGCCAAAGCAAUAUAUAAAUAGAAAAGCCUUCCCACCGCCUCAUUCUGCAAACGAAAACCCCUAAAACCCAGUCAUGGCGUGCACAAUCGAUUUUCGGUGCCUCGACGAGGGCUUCGGAGGCAAGACCUACAAGCGGAAGCGAGAGGAAUCCCAGAAUCUGAUCAAUGAAGCUGCGGCCCCCAUGGAGGUAGAAGAGGAGGCGGAUACGUGUCCACCUGCGGCGAAGAGAUGGGCGGUUGCGUCGGCGGAGAACCCGGACAAGCCUAGCUAUAACGUGGUGAUAUCCGGGACAGUCUCCGGCCGGAAGUGGAAGCAGGCGAGGAAGCAGAGAGCGUCGGCAUCGAAGGUGAGCCUGAAGGGCACGAACUUCGAGGAAAGGGACAAGCAGAAGGAGAUAAAGAAGGCGUACAAGGAGAGAAUAACGGAGCUGAAGGAGGCGAUAAGGCAGAACAAGGUGGAGAAGAGGAAGAAGAGGCAGGAGAGGGAGAAGAAGAAGAAGGAGAACAUUCUGAGGUCCGGAACCAAACUCCAGAAGAUCACCAAUCCCAAGACAUUGAAGAAGAUCGCCAAAUCCAAGCAGAGGAAGCUCCUCAAGGUUGUUCCCGACGAUAUACUCAACAAGAGCAAGAGCAAGAACCAGUAGUCACUUUUUUUAAGCUUAAUUAUGAUUUUGUUUGAAAAUCUUGCAUUUGCUCUUCUCUUGUGAUGAACGAAGAACUCGACCAAAUAUUAUGCUAAUACGUACGGAGAUGAAAGGCUCAAUCUUUAUAUGCAAAUCUGGGAAGGAAUCAAAAACAAAAUAAACAUUGAAUAUUCAA